AUGUACAAAGUCGUGGAAACUGGCGCAUCUCCCCACCAGCGAUCUGUCCUGCAGCUAGUGAAGGACCUGCUCAUCCUAUCCAGAUUUCACAAGUACAACCCAUGGCUUGCUGUAUUCUCAGGAGUUUGGGCAUCGUUGCUUGCCGGUGCUAAUGAAAUUACCGCUCAUCCGACCUCGAUCUCGGCCAAGCACAUCGUAAAACAAACCCUUCUAUGCUUGGCCUGCGGCUACAUCUUCUGCGGUGCAGGCAUGGUCUGGAAUGACUGGGUCGACCGCGACAUCGACAAAAGCGUAGCGCGCACCAAGAAUCGGCCCCUGGCAGCGGGGAGAGUUACUGCAACCGAGGGCUUCAUCUGGAUGUUGGUCCAGUUCGCUGUCUCGUGGUGGCUAAUGGAUAUUAUGCUGGAAGGUCACGACGUCGCGGCUGCUAUGAUCCCUGUCACUAUCAGCACGAUCCUCUAUCCCUUCGGAAAGCGCCAACUCUGCCGACGACUAUACAUCUAUCCCCAGUACUUCCUCGGUUUUACUCUGGCCUGGCCCAGUGUCAUCGGAUGGAUGGCAAUAAAGGGCCGCCAGAUCCCAUUCACGCAAAGCAUUUCCGAGUCCCUGCCGCUUUCAAUCACCGCCUUCGCCUGGACCCUCUACCUCAACACAGCAUACAGCUACCAAGACAUCGUCGACGACUCCAAGAUGAAUGUGAACUCUGUGUACGUCGCCGCGGGAUCCCGCAUCCAUAUGUUCCUGGUCAUCCUGGCGGGUCUCGUGCUCGGCUCUCUCUACCUGCAGCUGCGGGCCCAGAAAUCCGGCUGGCUGUGGGCCUCGUGGAUGUGUGUCUGGGCUUUGUCGUUUGUGCAUCAGCUGCUGAGAUUCGAUGCGAAGAAGCCGGAGAGCGGUGGUCCGCUUCACAAGGAGAACUUUGCGCUUGGGGUAUGGACUAUCGUUGCCUGUGCUGCCGAGUUGGGGCUCUCGUCCGGGAAGGCGGAACAGUUUUUGUCUAACCGGGUCUUCCGUCAGUGA